AAAAAUGGCAGCAGCGGCGGUGAUCCUCGAAUGUGAUCGGACCAUAGUCGACUAUAACAGUGACAAAUGGGUCUCACGAUACAAGGAUCCUAGCUUGCCUCAGUUUUAAGUAAAACCGUUUAGAUUUUAAGAACCAUAUAUUUGGCAUCCUGUUUGCACUGACCUAUCCAAUAACAACAAUUGCAUUGCAAUCAGUGUCAAGUAAUAGUGUCGUCCGCCCAUCCCGUAGGUCUAAUUCUAGUUUAAUAGUUAUUCUUUAGCACAUAUAUGUCACUUCAAAUCCCUAUAAUAAAUUAUUCAAUAGAUAUAAAAAAACUCACAACUCAAACAUUUACGAAAAUAAGUACAAAAGAUAAAAAUAAAAUAGCACCUUAAAAAAACAAAAAACAAAAACAUUCAAUAAAAAAAACCAUACAAUUUUUUUUACAUAGAAAAGAUAAAUUGCACUCGCCAGGGAUCGAUCCCCGGACCUCCCCUACCCAACCUAUAUGUCCCCCCCAGCUCCUGCGACUUGAGCUAUGCUAAAGGGACAAAAACAUACAAAUUUAUGAAUUCUUAGAUCUAAAAUAAAUUUAUUUCUUUUUAUCCAUAAAAUAUGUUUAAAAAAAGAUUUAAAAAAACACACAAACACACAAAAAAAAAAACAUAAAUGAAUGGGUCAAAGUACUAGUUCUUCGUUGACCAAAAAAAAAAGUACUAGUUCUUCUAUAAAAGAGAAACCCAAACCAGUGUCACUUUCCAUCUUCACUUUCAGUAUUUUGCGCUAACAAACUCACGAAACUGCUCUCUUUCUCCCUCAAGUGAUCACCGUCUCCCCUGUUUGUCUCUUGCUCCCUGCGUUCUUUUAGUAUUGAAAGAAUGGGCAAAAGGGAUGAGGGAUGUGCCAUAGGAAUCGACCUUGGAACCACCUACUCGUGUGUUGCAGUUUGGAAUGAUCAACAACGCAGAGUGGACAUCAUUCACAAUGAACAAGGCAACCCAAUUACUCCAUCCUAUGUUGCUUUCACAGAUGAUCAAAUGUUAAUUGGUUUAGCUGCUAAGAAUCAGGCUGCUACAAACCCUGAGAACACUGUUUUUGAUGCUAAGAGGUUGAUUGGUAGGAAGUACAGUGAUCCCAUUAUAAAAAAUGAUAUGAUGUUAUGGCCAUUCAAGGUUAUUGCGGGUGUUGAUGACAAACCCAUGAUUGUUGUUAAGUAUCACGGUAAGGAGAAGCAUCUUUUUGCUGAAGAAAUAUCAUCCAUGGUUCUCACAAAGAUGCGCGAAAUUGCGGAGGCAUAUCUGGAGUCACCGGUUAAGAAUGCAGUUAUCACUGUACCUGCUUAUUUCAAUGACUCUCAGCGCAAAGCUACCAUAGAUGCGGGUACCAUUGCUGGUCUCAAUGUUAAGCGGAUAAUCAAUGAACCCACAGCUGCAGCUAUUGCGUAUGGCCUUGACAAGAGAAAUGAUUGUAAGAAACCGCGAAAUAUAUUCAUCUUUGACCUUGGUGGUGGUACUUUUGAUGUGUCUCUCCUUACAAUUGAAGGUAAGGACUUCAAAGUUAAAGCCACUGCAGGAAAUACUCACUUAGGAGGAGAGGAUUUCGAUAAUAGAAUGGUGAACUACUUUGUAGAGGAGUUCAAAAGGAAGAGCAAAUUGGAUAUUAGUGGAAAUCCUAAAGCCCUGAGGAGGUUGAGAACUGCUUGCGAGAGGGCGAAAAGGACACUCUCAUGGACUACAUGUACCACAGUUGAGGUAGAUUCUUUAUUUCAGGGCAUUGAUUUAUGUUCCUCUAUCACUCGUGCAAGGUUUGAGGAACUUAACAUUGACAUGUUUAGAGAAUGUAUAGAGACAGUGGAUAAGUGCCUCAAUGAUGCUAAGAUGGACCAGAGUAGUGUAGAUGAUGUUGUCCUUGUUGGUGGAUCUUCUAGGAUUCCGAAAGUGCAGGAGUUAUUGGAGGAAUUUUUCAAGGGGAAGAGUCUGUGCAAGAGUAUCAAUCCUGACGAGGCCGUUGCUUACGGUGCAGCUGUCCAGGCUGCUUUGUUGAGCAAAGGCAUUAAGAAUGUGCCUGACUUGGUGCUCUAUGAUGUUACACCGCUGUCUCUUGGUAUUUGGAUAAAAGGAGCUAUCAUGAGUGUGGUGAUUCCAAGGAAUACUACUAUUCCUGUAAAGAAGACACACGGUUACAAGACAAGUGCAGAUAACCAAUCCAGUGUCCGGAUUAAGGUUUAUGAGGGUGAGAGAGCUAGAGCAAGUGAUAACAAUUUGCUCGGUUCCUUUGAUCUUUCUGGCCUCCCUCCUGCUCCUCGUGGCCAUCCUUUUGAUGUAUGCUUUGCUAUAGAUGAAAAUGGCAUUCUAUGUGUUUCCGCUAAGGAAAAAACCACUGGCAGUAAGAAUGAGAUCACCAUAACCAAUGACAAAGGGAGGCUGUCGACCCAAGAAAUUAAGAGAUUGGUUCAAGAAGCUGAGAGUUUCCAGGCUGAAGACAAGCAAUUCCUUAGGAAGGCCAAUGCAAUGAAUUCUUUGGAUGAUUACAUUUACAAGAUGAAGAAAGCCUUGAAGAAUGAUUGUAUUAAUUUAAAGCUUACAUCAGCAGAAAAGGAGAAGAUCAGUUCUGCAAUUACAAAGGCUACAAGUUUGCUUGAUGGUGGUAAUAAUAAGGCAUAUGAAAUACAGGUGCUUGAGGAUUAUGUAAAGGAGCUUGAGAUCAUGUUUAAGCCCAUUAUAGCCAAGAUUGACUUGUUCUCUUCAUUUUAUUAGAGCUUUGCUUGUACUGACUAGUCAUUUUGUCUAUGAUAACAAAUACUUUUAUUAUAAUAUUAUUAGGAAUUAGUUUUAGUUUAUAUAAAUAUUUAGUGGACAUGUUUAAAUGGUUGACUUAGACAUUCAACAAUGUUUUAUGAAUUUGCUUGUGCUGACAGUAUUUGGCCCUCUGCCAUAAACAAUCCUUAGCUUCAAGUCAAUCAUUUUUAUGCU